UUCCUCCAUAUCUGUAAUAAUAUUUCGUUCGCUUAUAUUAAGUUCUUCUAUAUCUGUAAUAAUAUUUCGUUCGCUUAUAUUAAGUUCUUCUAUAUCUGUAAUAAUAUUUCGUUCACUUUUGUCCAUUAUACAAAGUUCUUCCAUAUCUGUAAUAAUAUUUCGUUCCUUCUCAUCCGUAAUCAUACUAUUUGA